AUUACAUCCGAUUUUGUGUUCCAUUCUUACAUUCACAACACAACCAUGUCUUCUACUUCUGCUUCUCCCCAAAAAAGUUCAUUCUACCCACAAGUCGAUUUCACUAACCCAGACGCCAAUUCUCCCUUUUCCCCUUCUUCUUCUACUUCUACCAUGUAUCCCUCAAUCGACACAAACAACGUUGCCACUGAAAAUCUCUCCUCGGAAGAUUCAAACAUGACACAACCCUUCGAACAUGUUCUUGUCACCGUCCCCGGUGUGAUUCUGCAUCUAAUACAAAAGGAUUCCAGCGUCCACCUCGCUUCGGGUGACCUCACCAUAGCGAGCAUCGGAGAAGGGGACAACGUCGUCGCGGUUCUCGCUCGCAUCGGCGAUCAAAUUCAAUGGCCUUUGGCCAAAGACGUGUCUACGGUGAAGCUCGACGAGUCGCAUUAUUUCUUCACGCUUAGGGUUCCAGUUCCACAGAGUGACGCUGAGAAUGAGUUUGAGGUGUUGAAUUACGGGUUAACCGUAACGGCCAAAGGGCAAGAGAGGUUGCUGAAGGAACUGGAUGAUGUUCUGGAAAAGUAUAGUUUUCUCUCUGUGGAGAAAGUGGAGGGUGUGGGUGGUUGGGAGGUGUUGAAAUCAGGGGAAAAGAAGGAACUGGUGGAGGAGAGUUCUGCUGCUUAUUGGACUACGUUGGCGCCAAACGUUGAGGAUUAUAGUAGUAGCUUUGCAAGGUGGAUUGCUUCAGGUUCGGGGCAGGUGGUGAGGGGGAUUUUGUGGUGUGGGGAUGUCACUGUUGAUAGAUUGAAAUGGGGGAAUGAUUUCUUGAAGAAGAGGAUGCAGCCUGGUUCUCAAUCCCAAAUCAGUUCACAAGCCAUGGAGAGGAUUAAAAGGGUUAAGAAGUUGACGAAGAUGUCGGAGAAUGUGGCCACCGGUGUCCUCUCUGGGGUUAUCAAGGUGUCUGGAUUCUUCACAAGUUCUGUAGUGAACUCCACAGCUGGCAAGAAAUUCUUUAGCCUUCUUCCAGGAGAAAUCGUCCUUGCCACCAUGGAUGGUUUCAACAAGGUCUGUGAUGCUGUAGAAGUAGCUGGAAGGAAUGUCAUGUCUACUUCAUCAGUUGUGACCACCGGACUCGUUUCACAUAAAUAUGGAGAGCAAGCAGCUCAGGUUACAAAUGAAGGCCUUGACGCUGCAGGGCAUGCGAUAGGGACAGCUUGGGCAGUGUUUAAAAUCAGGAAGGCACUCAACCCGAAGAGCGUGAUUAAACCAACAACAUUAGCCAAAGCUGCUGCCAAAGCAACUUCAUCUGAACUGAAGGCUAAGAAAUAAGAAGUCAAGGCAUUGAGAGAAUAAGGAUAUCCCCUACCCUCAAAAUUUUUCUGUGUAUGUAAAGAGUUGUAUUGGUUUGUCUGUUUGUUCAUUUUUUAAUUACUCUUCAUCGUGUUAAUAAAUAUUUAUGAGUUAAUGAUUGAUGU